GCCAUCUUGCGAGAGAGCCGCGACGCUGCCCAGCUGUGCACGGAGCCCCAGGGGCUCACCCGCGGUCGCCGGUUCCUACAGCCUAGACCUGCGGGGCUUGCUUUUCUUCUUUCUCACAGGUCGGUUUCUAACUACGAGAGGGUUCUGUUGGGAGGGGAGAGUCAACGUCAAACCCUCGGAGCACCCUAACGAGGAGCCUUGUGGUCCGCCAGGUGCGGCUUGUGUUUAGGCCUUUUUCCUCCCCGUGCCUCCCGCCUCAAGCCUCGUAGCUUUACUCUGGCUCGGACGCCCGAGGACUUUGCGGAAGGCGCCCUCCGAGGGCCUGGGAAUCACUGACCUGCGGAGACCUCCAGGACUCCUAGAGAGGACCCGGAAAUGCCCUCCGGGGAGAGAAGGCGAUGACGUCUUCUCGCUUCCUGUCUGUGAGUCUAGCGUUCGCCAGGCCCCGGGCUCCCAGUUCCCGGCUCCUCUUGCCGGUGUUUGCUGUAGAGGUCGCGGUUAGGAGGUGAGGAGCGGCCGGACUGGUCAAAAUUCAGCGAAUGGAGCUGUUGCCUUAGGAGUUCCCACGCAGGUGGCAUUCUAGGUAUCCGGGUUUGCCUGGACUCGUCCUUCUUCCUCCUCCGAUCCAUUGUGUGCCGGGGCUCCGUAUUCGUAUUUGUGGCCCCCCUCUUGUGUGUCUGUGAGUCUUUCAGAUGCCUUAUUGUGAAAAUUAAGCUAAUUCUUUGGGACAUGGUUAAAAAAAAAAACCUAGGACGUGAAACAUGCAUAAAAACUGAAAUCAGCAGAAGAGGAUUAUACUCUAUUCCAUGAUGGUGGUGACCAUUUUCACACAUCCUAAGAGAAAAGAGAGAACAACUGGAUACCUCUAUCCAUCUUUGAUGACAAGAAAAAUGGAAAAACUCAGGAGAGCAAGACUGAAGCUACAGUUUCGUUGAAACCUUCAGGGGAUGUAAUCUCUUAUUAUAGGCCAGCUAUUAUUGUAUUGAAUCAUUUCUUUCAGAAGGCUUAUGGCAUGCAAAUCUUGCAGUAGUGUCCAUGAACAUCAAUGAAUUAUCUAGAAAUAACUGUACUUAUGUCUCUGGAAAUAUUAAAGAAAUUAGAAUGGAAAAAAAUCACAAGGUAGAUAUCCCAGUUAGUGGAGAGGAAGUGGAAUAUAGCACAAGCAAAGCAUUCAUAGGACCUAUUUACAAAAGUCCUGAAGAAAAUAAACGAGAUAAAAGAAAAUAUCACAUACAAAAAGUCACUGAUGGAGCGGAAAACAAACAGAACCCUUUUUCUAAUAAACUGGAUAUAGACAAUGAGUUAUCUCAAUUUUACAAAGAAAUUCAGGAGCUUGAGAGUGAAAAAGAAGAUUUGGAAGGCUAUUGUCAGGAAUUUAAACCCCCUCAGGAACAAUUUGGCUUAUAUUACCAAGGCCAUUACGGUGACAAUUUAAAAUCUGAUGAAGAGAAGAAGGAUAAUUGGUUUAGUACUAUACAUUCACCCCCUGGUAAUGAGCAAUAUUUUAGUAAUGAGCCAGUUGGUUGGAAUGCUGAAUAUCCAGUUAAUGGACAAGUGGAACCUACAUUUUUUAACAACCCAGUUCCUUCCUUUAGGCCUGAAUGGCAACCAGUGGAAUCCUCUUUAGUUCCUCAUGGCUUUUUUCCUUCUGGGUUCAAUUAUCAUUUAAAUUUUCAAAGAUUUAAUCCCUCUCCAUCUCCACCACCAAAUGUCUUCCAUGCUCAAGAUGUUAAAUUAUGUGAAAUGUACAAUGGAUAUAAUAUAAACAGUGGCAACACAAAUUGGAAUUGCCCGACGUUUGAUCAGACUAAUAGAUAUUCUGAUUGUGAUGGGAGGAACAGUAUCAUACAGGCCUCUAGAAAUGGCCACAGUGAACAAGAUGGACGAGAAAGUAAUGGUUUGUGUGAAACAAGAGAAGAAUCUUGGGAAGACCCUUCUCUAUUCCAGGUGGAGAAAACAGACAGGCUUAUAAACCAGCAGUUCCAAGAGGAAAAGCUAAAGAGGCUACUUAUCCUUUUAAGAGGUCUGCCUGGUUCAGGGAAAACCACAUUGUCUCGUGUUCUGCUUGGUCAGAAUCGUGGUGGCAUCGUCUUCAGCACUGAUGAUUAUUUUCGGCAUCGAAAUGGGUAUACAUAUAAUGUUAGACAACUUGGUGAUGCCCACGACUGGAACCAGAGCAGAGCAAAGAAAGCUAUUGAUCAGGGAAGAUCUCCAGUUAUAAUAGAUAACACUAAUACCCAAGCUUGGGAAAUGAAACCUUAUGUGGAAAUGGCUAUAGGCAAAGGAUACCGUGUGGAGUUCCAUGAACCUGAAACAUGGUGGAAAUUUGAUCCUGAUGAAUUAGAAAAGAGGAAUAAACAUGGGGUGUCUCGUGAAAAGAUUGCACAGAUGUUGGAUCAUUAUGAAUAUAAAAUGUCCAUCUCUAUUGUAAUGAAUUCAGUGGAACCUCCACAUAGAAGGUCUGAGAGACUUCGAAGACAGAGAGAAGAAAAUUUGAAGAAAACUGGACAGAAACCUAGCAGAGCAAGUCAGAGGAGAAACAGGAGAAGAAAUAGGAAACUGAAGAAUAGUAAUGGUAACUCUUUGGAGAAAGGAUCAUACGGAACCCUAAGUCAUCCUGUGCCAGAGGAUGAGGACACAUCUGAAAGUGAAGGACAUUACUCAGAAGAAGAGAAUGAUGCACAGUCAGUGUUCAUGUCCAUUGGAGAUCUGGGGUAUACAUCAACAGAUUCUAUAAAUGGACACAGUGAGGAAAGUAGUAAAAGCCUAAAACCUGAACUGGAAAAAGAAAGUGUUUCUAGUGCUCAAUCUGUCACGUCUGUAACUUUGGAAAGUCCACCAAGGUGUGACUCAACUACAGAAAGUGACAACUUGUAUCAGUUGAACUUGACAUCCAUUCCCCGUGAAAAUGCACCUAGACACAUGUUUAAUCAUCAGAUAAUGGUUCAAAACUUUGUAGGAAGACAGAAUAAUCCCUAUGUACCAAGUGUUGAAUGCUCUGAAAUGAAGGCUGACAAUCAUGCUGAGCUGAGUCACUCUGUGGUGUUCGGCAUUAAGGAUAGAGAUGUAUCUUCUAAGGCCACUUGUGUUCUCACAGAGGAGGAUAGCAUGUCACCUGAAAGCCCCAAUGAUAAAGAAAUGCAGCCUAAUCAAUGCAAAUUUGACUCUUCAUGUAAACAUUUAAUAUACGGGCACAGAGCAAAUAGGAAUCCAACAAAUUGUUGGGCUUUUUUCUCAGCCACGUUAUCAGAUGAAAAGCCAGAAUGGGAUUUGGACACACAGCCCUCUUUUGCUGGUUGGCCUGAGGGGCCUGAUCACUUUAUAAACCCACAGAGACAAAAGAAAGCUAGGUGUUCCAGACAGACUUGUCCUGGCAGCCCUGGGGAGCUGAUGAGACUUGUCCACAGAUAUGAAGACACAGAACCAGAAAACCAUCUGCAAGCACUGAAGGAAGAGAGUGCUGAUGCAUUAAGAAAUGAGGAGCUGACAUCUCCAAAUAAACCUACAGACUUAAUUCCAUUCAUAGAGACAGAAACUAAUGUCCUUAGAAGCAACUUGCCUGAAAUAUGCAUCCAAAGGAAAACAUCAGCAGUAAUUACUAAGAAGGGAAGACCCAGAAGGAUUUUUAAUUUGGCUCCAAACUUUGACCUGCCGAGACAAGCUGUGGUUAGUGUAGAGGAGAAGAACAGAGAUGCUCUGUUAACAGAUAGUCACACAUUUAAAAACAUUUUGGUUGUAGAAAAUGACAGAAUUCUAGAAGUGAAUCAUGAAGAGAAGAAUAAGCCAGAAGGGAUGACUAUCCAAAAUAAUACAUCACGAUUUAACCAGGAUUAUCUCAUAGGUCUUGCAUCCAACCCUGGAGGAGAAUUUCAGUCUCAUGAAGUAUCAUUCAAUCAGCUGAGACAGACUUUGUGUCUUCCCCAAAAGGCUGUUUUGAAGGUUUUGUUUGCAAGUGAGAAAAGAAUCCUGACGUUUAAAUCACAGGCAGUGGGGAAUAGGCUGAAUGAGGUAGAUCUAAUUUCUCUGGAAAUCUCAAAUCAUAAGCCUGAUAUUGUCUUAUCUGCUCAAGCUUCUUCAGAGCAUCCUGGUUUCAACCUUGAUAUUUUUUCUGGAAGUUUUGGUGCUAGUGUUCACAAAAGAAAUGAGUCCGAGCCAUCACGAUGUGUACAAGUUAAAGACAGUCAAGAUUCACUAAGUGUUGUGCCUAAUUCCUUUGGUCUGCCCUUAUCCCAGAGAUUUGCUUUUCAACUUGUAAAUCUAUUUGGCUCUCCUGGAGUUCCAAUAGAGUCUUUGUUGCUUGAUGACUAUGUAGUUACCCUCGACUGGAAAACAUUAAAGAUGAUCUAUUUGCAGUGGAAGACAUCAGUAGAGGAACGGCAGAAGAAGAUUAGAAAGAAAAAUGAAAAUUCCUUGAUUGUUGAUGUGACUAACCUUCAUGAUACUGAGAAACUUGUUCAUCAAGAGAGUCAUGGAUAUUUUAAAACACUUUCAGAAACAAACUUUUCCAAAGUCGACAUAAAGAGUAAUUUCCAGACCAAUACAAGUCCUAUUUUGGAUACUACAUCCAGCCAUUCUUGAGUUAUUUGAAUAAAACACCACAUCAAAGAGAAAGCUUCAUUAGAUAUUUCUUCAGAGCUGAGACCAUGUCUGGAUUUUCUGUUCCUCAUUUUCAUUUCGGCUAAAGUUUAAUCUAACUGAAGACUGUAUUUCUUCAUUAAUAAUGCUUUAUAAAUGGCUUUAAGAAAGAAAAAAAGAAAAAAAAAGCCACAGCUGUUUCUGGCUUAAAUAGGAAAACAGGUCAUCUGAGAAAGCACCCAGGAUUUUUGCUAGACUGCCUGCUUAAUAAUAAUCAGCAGUGCAAUAUGACAACCCAAAGAAGUAAAUUGAUCUUAGAUUGCAUUAACAGUGGCGGUCUCCUUGGCCAAUCAUAUCUGGAAUCUUGUAUGCAGUUCUGGGUAACAUGUUUUAUGAAGGACAGUGGUAAGAAGCUGGAAAGCAUUUGCAAAAUUGUGACCAGGAUAGUCAGGGGUUUCAAGGUCAUGCCACCUUUAUAUUUCAUCUCUCUGGAUUCUGACCCUUGUUCCAGCUGGCAGAGCUAUUUUUGGAGGCAGCAUGAUUCAUCUGACAUAUUAGCCAUCUUCCUCCAAUUUGUGUUCACUGCAGAUUUCAUAAGCAUGCAAUCUUUGUCUUCUAUUAGUCACUCAUCAAAAUGUUCAGUAGAAUAGGGCUGAGGACUGAGCCUCAACAUUGAUCAUGCUUUUGGUUCUCUCAUUAAAGUAGUUAUGAGUCCACCUAAUUAAAUUAUAAUCCUCCACACAUCUCUCCAUCUUGUCAACAAAGAUAUGUGGGCCUUUAUCAAAUGCUUCACUACAACUGACUUAAUCUAUGUAUAUGCUACUUCUUUGAUCUUUUAGUCUGGUAACCGUCUUGGGAGGAAAUGAAGUGAUAGGUGCCCUGUUCAGGCAGUGUCUAGAACAUUCAGUUCUGGGUGCUAUAUUUUAGGAAGAACAUUCACAA